AUGACAGUCCCAACUAAAUAUUCGCUCUCAACCGAUGGUCAAAUAUACCGUGACCUCGACGGAAAUAUUGACGCCGAGCUCUUGAGGGAAGUGCAGGAGGCCGACCAGUCGAAUGUGGAGAGACUGGUGCAAACAAUCGUACAACUUGCCGCGCGAACGCAAGGUGACUUCCAGGUGUCUCGGAGUACUUCCACGAGGCGGCAAGUCGGGGCGAAAGUCCAAAAGCUAGCCAGUCGAAUACACGAUUUUGUGCAGGUGUUCUCCGGGGUAGUUGAAGUUAUUAAGGGCGCUGAUGCCCAGGCUGGUCCUAUCGCCUAUGGCUCGUUUGUCUUGCUUUUGACAAUCGCCAAGAACAAGCAAAUGCACGAGGAUUUCAUUUCCGACACACUGGAGACGUUCCGUUGCUGGCUAUCGAGGCUGAAGAUGAUUAGCUCUGCAGAGAAGUGGGAUGAAACCGUGCAAAAGCACAUUUUCGAAAUUUAUAUCAAGAUAAUAGACUUCGCGCAGCAAAGUAUCAGAUAUUAUUGCAGCUCGUCCGCUCGCAGGUUUUUCCGAGCUAUUUCUAGACCACCCCAGCUUGACGCAAAGAAAUAUGCGGACGAAAUCAAGGAGAGCAUCGCGGAUUUGAUGCAGGGGUUACUUGUUCUCCAACAUGCCAGAAUCUCUGAGAUAAGUUCUACUAUCCAGGCAAACAUCUGCCAGGCGGAACACCAUGAAAAUCGCAUAGCGGAAGUCAGAAAGCUAUUCAAUGUCCCAUCAGAUCUCAGCGCCGAAGAUAUGCUUCAACACAGCAAAGGAAUGUUCAGCGGCAUGUUUGCAAGAGGCAAAUCCAAAACUGGGACCGUGAGAAGGGGCCCACCGCUGGAGCAGGUCAACCUUGAGACGGUCUCGCAACGCCCUGCAUAUGACGAAUGGGUAAACAGCGAGUCGUCUAGCCUCCUUCUCCUCGAAGGUGAUAACUAUGACCUAUACGACGAGAGACGGCUCUGCUGGCUGUCACCCGUCACGAUUGAGUUUUAUGAGCACGUUAAGAAAAUUGAGGGGCUUCAUGUUAUUUUCCAUUGCAUUGACAGGGCUCAACGACCAGAUAGUGGCGCUAUACUGAUGCUGAGAAGUAUAAUAAUACAGCUGUUGGAACAGGACAUACAACUGUGCAUAAAGCGGUUUGGCGAUAUUUGCGGUGCAUGUAAGGACCCACCUUCUGAGCCUGACGAAUUGAUUGAUUUCAUGUUUCAAAUCCUCGAAACCAGUUUGCAAAAGAUUCCCCUGGGACAAACAAUAUACAUGGUCCUGGAUGGGGUUGAGCAUCUUGGCUUUGAAGUCUCUCAAGAUUUCUUUGGCUCUUUGUUACAAAUUCUGGACAGUCAAGAUCUUAGGGUAACAGUCAAGGUAUUUGCUGUCUGCCGUUUGGGUUAUUGGCCGACUAAAUCAAGGUCAAACAACUCAUCGCGAAAAUUGGAGGAGGCCUUAGGGCUCGGAGGUCAUGUAGAUCUAAUGUCGCGGGUGUUCUACCUGGACUGGAAGCAGGGCACAUUGAAAGCACCAACAACAUCGAUGUGA